GUGAAAGUUAAAAGUAAAAGUCACCUCCAUAGCUACAGAAAACAAAGGAACUAAUUAAGCAGAGUCAAAACAAAGAUGGCGAGGGAGACUUGUGAUAUUUGUAUCGAUUUGAUUAAACAAGGCACAUCCAUAAACGAGUGUCUCCACAAAGCUACGGAAGAUGUCAAGCCACUGAUACCCGUUAAGACUGAUGAAAAUGACAAGAAAUUUGUGAUAUUCUUCGGUAGCAUUAAUAGUCCUGUCACGAUCGACCGUACGAUAGCUACGAAACUUGUCAUGCCAUGGACGUUUGGAAUGGAUGAAGAUGAUGGGACAUUGGUGACGCAAACACCAACUGGUGAAAGUGGUGUUUAAGUUAGAGAGAGCAACACCGUAAUUCAACUCAAGCUGGUGUAUUCAAUAUAUAUAUAUAUAUUCAUUAUCAUGCAACUCAUGUUCAUUUUCAUGGUUAAAUUGUUCUUACUCUAAAGUAUC